UUCGGAAGCUCAUAUUUGUGACGCGAAGCGAAAAGAUCUGGCAGAUAAGUGGUCAGAAUUUGAAGAAAGUCAAAGAUUUUCAACUGUUGAAUGAUUCGCGUAAUGACCAUUCCGAUUUUGUGGUAGUGAGUAUUGGUAUGUUAUCUUAUUUUUGGCUUGAGAAGAAUUCGUGGAUUAAACAAGAUUUCAAGAGUCAAAGUUCAAAUGUUAUGGGGACUCUAGAAAAAGUUCUUAUUUUGAUGCUCAUUGGAAGCUGCAGUGGGAUUGCGCCUCAACCCCAUAUAGUGUUUAUGAUUGUGGAUGACCUAGGAUGGAAUGAUGUGAGCUUCCAUGGAUCAAAGCAGAUUCCCACUCCCAAUAUUGAUGCUAUUGCUAAAGAUGGAGUGAUUCUCAAUAACUAUUAUGUUUCUCCAACAUGCAGCCCUUCAAGAGGGUCCCUAAUGACGGGAAAAUAUCCAAUAAGAAUCGGUUUUCAGCAUGAAGUUAUAAUAGCUAACACACCUUGGGGUCUUCCAUUAGACGAAAAAAUCCUACCGCAGUAUUUAAAGUCAUUAAAUUAUGAGACUCAUGCAGUAGGAAAGUGGCAUCUUGGAUUCUUCAAAGAAGAAUAUCUUCCAAUGAAACGAGGUUUUGAUUCCUUCUUUGGUUACUACACAGGUGUUGAAGAUUAUUUCACUCAUUUCUCGAAUGUCAGAAAUAUCACAGGUCUCGACUUGCAUGACAAUUUUAAAAACGCUUGGGAAUACAACGGAACAUACGGAACAGAGCUGUUCACGUCCAAAGCAAGGAAAGUGAUCAUGGAGCACAACCCAUCAAAGCCAUUAUUCUUGUAUAUCGGACAGCAGGCACCUCACAGUGGUAACUUCAACAAAGCAAUUCAGGUACCAGAUAAAUACGUAAGGCCUCUUUCUGCAAUAGUUGAUGAAAAGCGAAGGAAAUUUGCAGGAAUGGUGUCUGCUUUAGAUCACUCAGUUGGAGAAAUAUUUGAUGCCCUUGAGAAAUCUCGCAUGCUGGACAAUACAAUUUUCAUUUUCACAACGGAUAACGGUGGAGCUGUCGAAGGAACGGAUGGUGCUAUGGGUUCUAACUUUCCUUUGAAAGGUAGCAAGUACAAUUUAUGGGAAGGUGGCGUUAGAGCGGUAGGUUUCAUUUGGAGCCCAGUGCUGCGUCCUCGGAGUCGAGUUUAUAACGGAAUGAUGCAUAUCAGUGACUGGUUACCUACUUUGCUGUCAGCAGCAGGAGCACGUGGCUUCAAGAAAUUGGAAGGAAUUGAUGGUGUAGAUCUUUGGCCCUCCAUAGUCCAUAAUCUGCCAUCUCCGAGAAGAGAAAUUCUUCAUAACAUUGAUCCUGUAGAUAAAGUCGAAGGUAUUAGAUGGAAUAAUUUUAAACUGGUGAAAGGCAGCUAUUAUGAAGGGCGAUUUGACGGAUGGUAUGAUAAAAACGGUAAAUUAAUUAAAGAAAUUCCGCUGCCUGUCCCAAAGCUACGACAGAAAUUAUAUAAAAGGACUUAUAUGAAGUUCCUCAAGCGAUCUAAAGCUGCUAGAAUAUUGUGGAGAAAAUAUGGCAAGGAUCCCCGUGCUGCUUUUGUGUGUCACCAUUUACCAGGAUGUAAGGAGCUGGAAGUAAAGUGCGGGGGAUUCCCUCCCCUAAGAAACGCAAACACUUGCAAACCCAAGGAAGGCCCAUGUCUUUUUGAUAUCAUCAGAGAUCCUUGCGAGUAUCAUAACAUUGCAGAACAAUUGCCAGAGAUUACAGCACAGUUGGAGGCAGCGUUGAAUAAAUAUCGACCCUUGGCAAAAGACCCUGCCGGUCAACCUCCAGACCCCAAAGCAGACCCUAAAUUUCAUGGAAAUGCUUGGAUGCCCUGGAAAUGAAAAGGAAACUCAGAGAAUGCCAAUUUUUAAUGCAAGUUGGACUCGAUGCCUGUAGUACUUCACUGAAUCAAACUUUUUCUCUCAUGAUUACUGUUUUAAAGUGUACCAUUUCUGACGUACAAGAAAAGUGCAUCACAUAAGCAUACUAAACAUACUUACUUCAUUUCAGCAAGAAUAACCUGUAACACUUUAUUAACAAAUUUUGUAACAUAUUUACGUAUAUAUAAAUUUAUUAAACUUAUAAAUUUAU